ACAGCCUCAAGCCUCGUUGCAUGAACGCGCCAGCAUAGUUGAGAUGGUCUCUAUGUGUUUCAGGUGUACGCCCAUGAUUGUUACCAUACCAUGCUUCAGAUAUACAAAGGAACGGAGUGGGUGUUGCCGACCAGUCUGUACAUGCUUGAGCGAACGCAACGCAACCUACGCCACUGCAGUGCAACUUCUCCUGCUAAUGUAGACCACGGAACAGCCCUAGCACCACGGGCCGGUAUGGUA